AAAGUUUCUCUUUUGAUAAAAGCGUUUAGAUAAAAAAUAUUAUAAAUUAUUCAAACCGCAAGUUAUUUUAUUCAAAAGGUAGUUUUCGAAUGUCUAUAGUGUAUGCGUUGCGUACGCAAUGUGUUGGAAUGCAAAUUCUCUUACGCCGGCCAAUAGAUUGAUAGACAAAAACGUCAGUAAAAAAUGAACAUUUUAAAUUGUUGUUAGAAGAAAUGAUAAGCAUAUUUUGUUUGCUUGUGUGUGCAAUAAAAGUCGUAAUGGUAAACAGUGUUGUUGAACAUCAGAUUUCAUUUGUUUCAUUGAAGGCAGAGCCAAAAAGUAUACUAUUUCUUAACACAUUGACUGCAUCAUUGUAUUGUGAUGCAAUUGGUUACCCUACACCAGAAAUUGAAUGGCUCACUGAGUCUGGUUCACUAGUUCGGCCAAUUAAAGGACUUAUCUCAAUUUUAAAUAAUGAGUUACAGUUUCACGCUUUUAAAGAAGAAAAUUUCAAUCCUACUGUACACAAUGCAAAAUAUCGAUGUAAAGUAUCAAACAAAGUCGGAGCUCUCAUAAGCGAUUUAGCAGAAGUUAAAGUUGUUAUCGACAAACCAUACUCUCCAGUUAUUCAUCAUCAAAUAGGCUUGAUUGGUUCGAUUGUUAUCUUCAAGUGUCAAGUGCCAGACUCUGUAUCAUUGUUUGUAAAAGUUUCUGAAUGGCUAAUUAAGCACCCAAGAAAAGAUAAAGUUGAUAAAAUCUCACGUGGACGGGCACAAAACCAAUUUCAUGUUCUAAAUACCGGAGAUUUAAUUGUUUCUGGUAUUGUGAAAGAGUAUGAAGAUUUAGAGUUCUCUUGUGUUACACAGAAUGUUUUCAACAAUGCAACAAUGACUAAUGUUCCAGGAAGACUUUACGUGGACUCUGACGACAAAUUUCUUGAACCGAGCAACUUUGUAAGACCAGUUAGUCAAUUAGUAGAAUAUGGUCAAUCUUUUAUAUUGAAUUGCCAGGCAGAUGGGUUAUUUGAAUAUAUAUGGUAUAAAGAUGGUAAUUACUUGGAUACAAUCAAUCACAUUUUAAUUGGAGGCUCUAUUUUUAUUAAAAGUGCUAGAUAUUCAGAUGCUGGUGUGUAUAAAUGCUUGAUUAAAAAAGAAAAAUAUUUAGUUGAAUUUUCAGCAGAGAUUGCAAUCAGAGUCCCUCUUAAAAUAACAAAAGCUCCAGCAAAUGUACUGAUCAAAUCGGGUGAAGUUGGGACUUUUAGUUGUUCUGUUGAUGGAUCAGCACCUAUUCAAUGGUUAUGGCUUAAAGAUGGUCAUAUUCUUCAGUCAAGUAGUCUUGUGUCUAUUAAAGAUGAUACUUUAACAAUAUUUGAUGCAAAUAUUGAUGAUGAAGGUGUCUAUCAAUGCAUGGCAUCAAAUAAAUAUGAAACAGUACAAUCUGCAGCACGUCUUGUUAUUGAUGGUUCUCUACCAAAAAUUGAAUCAAUAUCUGGUGAUGGAGUGUUUGAGCAGGGGUCUUUACUAGAAUUACAUUGUUCAGUCAGUGGACAACCUCUUCCAACUAUCAGUUGGUUUCUUGACAAUGAAAAACUUGAUGAGAAAUUAGCAAAUAUUACUACACGAGUUGAUAAAGCAAGUAAAGUUGUUUCAUUUCUUACUGUUUAUAAUUCAAAGUCAAAAGAUUCUGGUCUGUGGUCAUGUAUAGCUGAAAAUAAAGUAGGAUAUGUUAAAGCAUUUUCAACAAUUUCAGUAAAAGGUUUUCCAACUAUUAUUAAUUUCAAAACUCAUGUUUAUGGCGUAUCAAAACGGCCCAUAUUUAUUGACUGUCGCGGUAAAGGUUAUCCAGCUAUUUUCUAUAAAUGGUACAGAGAAGGAGUUCAAAUAGUAGAUAGUAGUAAUGUUAAAAUAUUUCUCAAUGGAACUCUUUUCAUUAAAAGGUUUUCUGAAAACAAUGUUGGUUUAUAUUGGUGUGAAGUAACAAAUAUAUAUGGCAGUUAUAAAGCAACUCUCAAUGUUAUCUUUUUAGAUCCCCCUCAAGCUCUCCCUUUUACUCUUCAUUCAGUUUUAAUUGGUGACAGAUCUGAGUUCUUUUGCUCAUUGACUAGAGGCUCUGCUGUUGGUUUAAAUUAUUCUUGGUAUAAAGAUGGUGUAAAAAUAAGUGAAGGUAAUCAAAGAACCUGGCUGAUACAAAAGGUGAAAGAAAGUGACAGAGGAAGGUACACAUGUGUUGUAGAAAAUAAUGAUGGAAAAGAUUCUUACUCCAAUGACUUUACUGUUUUUGAAGAGCCAUCCUUCACAAAAUCACCAAAUGAUGUAUCUAUCCUUGAAGGAAAACCUGUGACACAACCAUGCUUAGUAAAAGGUUUUCCACAACCACAAGUUACAUGGUUUCGAAAACUAAAUGGCAAACUUUUAAGACUUAAUCUGAACAAUCGAGUCAGGCAGUUACAAAAUGGUUCACUGUACAUUAGAGAAACUUACGCUUUAGAUAAUGGGACAUAUGUCUGCCAAGCCUCUUUUUUUGAUCAUAAUAUUGUUCCAGAUCCAUUAAUGAAAGAAAUUCUACUAGAAGUUAGAGUACCCCCAAGAAUUGUGGCUACUUCUCCACUAGAAAUCAGAGAAGGUAAAAUGCAAUCAGUUAAAAUUUAUUGUUCUUCUAUUGGUAGCCUUGGGCUGUCUGUUAAGUGGUUUAAAAAUAAUGCCAUAAUUCCAAAUGAAAAUUCUAAACAUGUGAUCUCCACCACAUUAAGUUAUGAGAGUACACCACCCUCUCUAAAUUCAACUUUACUCAUUACUGUUUUAUCACAAGAUGAUAAUGGUAAAUAUGAAUGCAACUUUAUAAAUCCAUUUGGUAGUGUCAAGAAAGAGUUUUUAUUGUUUGUGGAAGAAGAACCUCAUAGCCCUGAAAAUCUCAUACAAAUUUCUUCAACAUCUCGUUCCAUUCAUUUGUCAUGGAGACCAGGUUUUAAUGGCAACUCACCAAUUAUUUCAUUUCGUUUGGAAAUGAAAUUAUGGGCUGCUAACUGGAAUUUAGGAAAGUUUUUUAUUACAAAAGAGACUCAAUAUUUAGUUGAAGGUUUAAGUCCAGGUUUGAAAUACAGUUUUCGUGUAAGCUCUUCAAAUAGACAUGGAAUCAGCGAAAAAAGUGAAGAAGUAUCAUUUACGACAAAAGAAGAAGCUCCUUCAGCGCCACCAAAUAAUGUUACCAUUUUUAAUAAAACAGAAGACAAGUUACUUGUGACCUGGCUUGAGCCAGAAAAGGAAUAUCAAAAUGGCAUCAUUUCGGGUUAUCGUAUUGGUUAUGUACCUUCUGUUCAUCGAUCGGUACCAAAACAAUUUAUAGAUGUUGGUGCAGUUAACUCUGCUCUUCUUCAAGGAUUACUUCAGUUUACAUUAUACCAAGUUAGUGUUCAAGCUAUAACUAGUGGUGGAGUAGGACCUUCCUCUGCUGAUGUUUUUGCUUCUACUUUAGAAGGAGUUCCAUCUCUUGCUCCUCCAUCUGUAAAAGCACAAGCAGUUGGUUCUCAGACUUUAUUAGUUAGUUGGAAAACGGUUCCUGAAGAUGCUGUGAAUGGAAUUUUAUGUGGUUAUAAGGUGAUUUAUAUUGAUGUUGAGCGUUCAGAGAAACGAGAAAAGUCUGUUCUAAAUUCUCAGCAGAUUGUGUUAAAUGGUUUACGGAAAUUCACUGACUAUCAAAUUAAUGUACUUGCAUACACAAAUGCUGGAGAUGGUGUUCCAAGUCAAUCUAUUUUUCAAAAAACAAAUGAAGAUAUUCCAGAAGCACCAUCACUUUUUUCUGCGACCCCUGCUUCUCCAACUGAGAUUGGAGUUACAUGGAGUGAGCCAAUAAACCGCAAUGGUAUCAUUACAGACUAUGUCCUUUAUUAUCAAGAAGUUGGUCAAUAUUUAACUCAUCGAAUAGAACUGAAAAGUACUCAGCAAUCUUAUAAGCUGCAAGAUUUAAAGUUUGGACAAAAGUAUAUUAUUUGGAUGUCUGCAAAAACAUCAAAAGGGGAAGGGCAAACCACUAAGAGAAUAACAACCACACCAAAAGAUCAAGUUCCUUCCAAAAUAAUUACUCCUUCUCGUUUGACAUCAACAGCGAAAAUGGGUUCUGAUGUAACUCUUCCAUGUGCAGCUGUUGGACAUCCAAAACCAAUUAUAACUUGGUACAAAUCCAGUCAAUCAUAUUCAUCAAGAAAACAAAAGCGUUUUAUGGUAGCUGAUGUACCUUACACUCUUCAUAAUGUUCAGGAGGAGGAUGAAGGCUCUUAUAAUUGCACUGCUGAAAAUAAAUAUGGAAUUGAUUGGAACAUUGUGACACUUAUAGUACAAACUCAUCCUAAACCACCUCAUGAUAUAAAUGCAUAUUUGGUUCUUUAUAAUGCAUUAAAUUUUACAUGGGUUUUGAGUUUUGAUGGUAACAGUGCAAUUACUGGUCAGCAUGUGAGAUAUGUUGAAUCGAGUAAAGCAAGUUCAUGGACUAAAGUUAAAUUGAAUAGCAUGCAAACUUGGUUUGUUGUUUAUAAUAUUACUUCAUCGACUAUUUAUUUUGAAGUAGCAUCUGAAAAUGAAGUUGGUAUUGGUCAAUACAGUGAAACAAUAAAAAUUGUUAUAUCUGAAAAUGGUGUUAUAAAAAGUUUUGAGCGGAUUGUGUUUGUUGCUGAAGCUAUGCAGUUGAAAAAAGUAUCAAUCAAGAAAUAUGUGCAACCUACCCUUAUAGUUUUACUUAUUGUUACAUGCAUCUUAAUUAUUCUAUUAUUAAUUGCAUCAUGGGAUAAAGAUCAAAAAAGAUUAAGAAAGCCUGCUGCAUAUCGUUUACUUUGCAGUUUUAAACGUGAUCGCAACUUUAAUAGUGAUCCUUACGGGGAACCAGCAUUACCUUGGCCAUGGAAUAUUAGAAAAGUUCAAACCACGGAGUAUGAUUUCAUUGAUACGUUUGGAAUGCCUGAUGAAUACCUGCCAAAUUUUUUGGCAUCUGGUACUGACUUAAUCAUAAAAGAGCCAAUAAAAAAGUCAAGCAAGAUGUCUAAGUUAUCUAAAGUAUCGUCGUGCAACAGUUUUGUUUUUGAGCCAGCUGUGCAUUAUAGUGUAAAUUAUAUCGAUGAAGAUAAAAAAUAUUCCGCAGACGGAUCUUUUAAACGGUAUAAUGAUAAUACUCAUAGGUUAACUGAAAAAGAAGAUAAUCCUGACGAUGAAUUUUCCGCAAUGGAAAAGUUAAUGCAAAGUCCUCCGUUCGAGCCUCCUUCCAACAAAUAUUCUUCAAGCAGAACAAACUUUUCUCCUGACGUUUCUUUGAUAACGCUGAAUUCGCCAUUUUAUUUUCAAAAUCGAGGAGAUGCUGAUGGCAAAUCGUGCAAAGAUUCUACGUUGCUUAAAGAAUCUACCAUUAAAAACUACACUACUUUAAGUGGAAGUUCUCAAAUAUCUUUGAACUCUGUGUUUAAAUCAAACUCAAGUAAGCCAAAAAGCUCAGAUACUUUGAAAACGCUUGAAAGUAUUGAAGAGAAAAAAGUGUUAUGUAAACUUAAUAACCGUGCCGAAAUUUUGACAUCGCCUAAAGUUGCACUUGCCAUAAAAGAAUAUCUUGAAUACACAGACUAUUCCUAUGAAUCUAUUUCUUCUUCGUGCAGCUCUAGUGUUAGCGAAUUAAAACGGGCAUAUGAUUUCGGUAAGAAAUAUGGUGUGCAAGAUUCUUCGGAAACCGUUUUAAAUACAAAGCAAGAUACCUAUGAUAAUAAAGAGAAGAAUUUUCAUGAAUUAUUUGAAACUUUGUUGUUUAGUGGCACACCUCGCGAUUUAAAUGACACAAGAGUUAAAAUUCCGAUUCCUAUAAGAAUAGACUAUAUGUACGAUGUCAAUAAAAUUGAUUUAGGCGGAACUUUGCGUGAACAAUCAUUAGUUUGAUGUUUAUGUUUGGAUGUUUAAAAGAAAAUAUUUUUGAAGUUGUAAAUAUAUAUAUUUAAUUGUAUUUAUUGUAAAAGUAUGCAUGUGAAUUUAAAAAUGAAAAUUAUUUAUUUA